CCAACGCUCGCCGCUGUCUCUUUUGAUUUCAACUCUCUGGUUGAGGAACCGCGGCGAUGUUUGGGCAGCGUUUAUAGCAGUUAUUGUUAAAAGCGUGGUCAGUAAAUCCAGGACCACAGUACUAACUCUUUAAACUACACGUUAUCUGUUUAUAUUUUGCGAACUAAGUUGAAACGCGAUAUCUGCGAGCUAAAGUGUAACGCUAGCAUCCGGUCAGCAUCGUGCUGACGGGCCUCAGCAGCCACGUGGGGACUGAAAGAUGGACGAGAUGAAAGAUAAAGUGGACUUGAGUCUGAUGUCCCAUUUGCAUGAGUUUAAAGAGUCCUCCGUUGGAUACAUGCAGCCUUGUUCCCCUGCAAGGGCAGAAUGGGUGGAGUCCUGAUGAUGGAAAGUCAAGCCUGAGCUGAACAAAUGUCUGAGCUGCCAUUAAAGAUGCCAGGAAAUACACACCUGCUGACAGAGUGCUCCAGAUUGAACCAGCCGACUUCAUCUUGUGCAGGUUGAGCUGGUUACUGAAGAUUCCUGACAGGAAGUGAUUCAUCUUGUGCGGUGCAGCAGCUACAACUUUAAAAAUGGCUCUUGUGUCAUUCUGCCAGACUGAUCCUGUCCCCUGAAGUUUGCUGUCAGGUGAUUUUUGACAGCUGAACAAAUGUCUGAGCCGCCAUUAAAGAUGCCAGGACAAUGCACCUGCUGACAGAGUGCGUCCGCUCCAGAUUGAAACAGCUGACGGAAGACCCUUCAUCUUGUGCAGAACUGGAACAAGUGAUUGCAGCGACUCUGCUGGAGUGCAUCUCAAGCUACAUGUGAUGGCAAGAGGGACUCAUGGAUACGGUCUGAAGAUGGAUGUCAACCUGGUGAAACGCAUUCACAUAAAGAUUGGUGUCAAAACAGCCUGAAACAAUGGUGUCACUUCCCCUCCACUGACACAAUGGCCAAAUCCAUCAAAAUCGUGUGCCUCUGACCUUCAGUACCUUUUCAAUGCAGCAUGGUUUUUCUGAAUGCAUAACUGACAUCAAACUCGUGCCUCUAUGCUGCUGGAAACUUGCAAUAAGGAGUUAUGGUAGAGAGGAAAAAACUGUCAGUGACAUUUCUGUUUCUACAUGUAUUCACUCAUAAUAAAACAGUUGUGUUGAGCCUGAAAACCAGUCUGCUUUUGUUUUGUACCUGAAGACUUUGGUCAUUUUAUAUUCCUGAUGUCCUCCUUUAUUCUAUGGGAAAUUCAUUUUCUCACUAAUGCAAAAUAUUAAAUGUGUCGUGCUCCUGUUUUUAGUAAGGAUGAAUGUGUAGACAUGACUAAGUGUCUAAAAUGCCUUCAGGACAGCUUUGAAACAUUAUCUUUGAAGAAAACACCGGCUUUAUGUCUAGGUCAUGGAAAAUAAACUCAGCUUUUUGAAUUUGAACACCCUGUGUUUAAUAUCCAUAAUGGCUAGUCAUGGUUACAAGUUUGUAACAUUACAACUUAUCAAUGGCAUGAGACACCACAAAUGCACCAAAUCUGUGCCCAUAGUUGGUAAACAUGUCAACUUACCUUGGAGCAAAGUGUUCAGUUGAGUCUUGGCACAAAACAGUGCUUUGGCUGUAGUAUACCACCUCUAAACAAUAUGUGGCAGAGGACAAACAAAUUUAACCCUUACUCACUAAAUAAUUGUCUUGCAUCAGUUUUGAAGUUUGGUCCAACAUUGCAUUCAGUGAGCUUGUCAUAAAUAAAAGGCUUAAAUGGAUAAAUAGUAACUAAACAUCCACCCUUGACCUAACGCUCCCUCGCUGUUAGUACGUCAUUAUGUCCGAUUUGACAGUUAUCUUUCAACAUGAGCAUCAGCCAUGUUAAUCUCUGCCUACACCCCUUUAUAUUGCAAACAUGUUUUGCUAUUUGCAACCUUUAAUUCUGACUGGGUGUUGACUUAAGUUACUGACUCAUUCAAUAUUUUAUGUAUGCCUGAUAUGCAGUUGAGCUGUAUAAAUUCAUUGCACAAUUUCUUCUUCAGUCAUAUUUUGUUUUUGCUCCACAACAGCUGCCAGAUAACAGGUAAAUUCUGCAUUUGCUGUAACUCUUCUACUUCUACUCUUUGCAUCAAAGUUGCUGUUUAAUCUGGUUUCAGACACCUCUGCCACUGCUCUCCAACAUGACAUCGACCUCUGUGAAGAUGAUUCACUCCCUCUAUGAGGACGGAGGUGAAGGAAGCCCUUCUAACCCUGUGAAAUUUAAAGCUCAAGACUAUAAGCAGCUCAAGGAAACUCUGCUCAAGCAGGGGAAGAAAUUUGAGGAUGAAACUUUCCCAGCAAACCUCAGCUCUCUGGGAAAACUGGAGGAUUUUACAUCAGAGCAGCUCAGUGAGGUGGAGUGGCUUAGACCACAGGACCUUAACCCUGAUGCAUCAUUUGUCGUGGAUGGGGCUUUGAGCCUUGACUUCAAACAAGGAGAUGUUGGCAAUUGUUGGUUUCUUUCUUCUAUUGGAGCGUUGACGCUUCGCAAGUCGUUGAUGGCACGAGUAGUGCCUCCGGAUCAAAGCUUCAAGGAUAACUACGCUGGGAUAUUUCACUUCAAGUUUUGGAGAUUUGGAAAAUGGGUGGAUGUUGUCAUCGAUGACUUUUUGCCAACACGCAAUAAGGUGCCUGUGUCAGUUUCCUCCAGAUCUGAAAAAGAGUUCUGGGCCCCCCUGCUGGAGAAAGCGUAUGCCAAGGUUUGUGGAUCUUAUGGAGACAUGAUCGCUGGCAACCCACCUGAAGCAUUCAAGGACUUCAGUGGGGGUGUGCACAUGAACUACAAGCUGUCCAAAAGCCCAUCCAACCUGUGGGAUGUCAUGGACACGGCUGUCGAGAGCAAAACUAUGAUGGGAUGUGGGACGUUUACAGGGGAAAAAGGGAAAGAGAUUUUCAACAAGUUUGGUCUGGUGGAAGGUCAUGCCUUUGCUGUGACAGGAAUCAUGCAGGUAGCGAGUAAGGGGAACACGGUGAAUCUGGUGAGAAUCUGGAACCCGUGGGGUGAGAAAGAGUGGACCGGAGACUGGAGUGACAAGUCAGAAUUGUGGAAUAGUGUAAGCAGCGAGGACCGUGACCAGUGUCUGAAAGUGCAAAAUGAUGGAGAAUUCUGGAUGAAGAUGGAGGACUUUUGUGUCUAUUAUGAAGAAAUGGACAUCUGCUGCGACAGCCCCAACUUUGUGGAUGGUGAUACUACGUGCCAGUGGAACUGCUCACUGAAAGAAGGCCGCUGGGAGGCUGGAAAAUCUGCUGGUGGCCCCCCUAGUGAAACAGAGAACUUUUGGACAAAUCCACAGUACCGUCUCACAGUGAAGGCAGUGGAGGAGGACGUGAAGGGAGUCAAGAAUGUCUUACUGUCUCUGCUGCAGAAGUCUGAUGAAGAAUAUCGCAGCAAAGUUAAAUAUCACGCCAUUGCGUUCACCAUCUACAAGGUACUGUCAGAGGCACCCAAAGGGCGAUUUCCAUCUUCGCUCUUCUGGGAUAAGGAACCUGUGAAAGUCAGUGAGUUCAGCGAGUCGAGAGAACUAAUCGAGUUUCACAGUUUGGAGCCUGGGGAGUACGUGAUCGUUCCCUGCACGUAUGAACCCAACAAGACCGCAAGCUUCAUCAUCACAGUCUACUCCAAGGCGGAAACUGAGAUGGAGUGAAGACACCUCAGGGACAACAGAUGAAAGAUGGCUCAUUCUUUUCAGGCUGCUGGAGUCAUUCAUAAUAAAAUCCUCAAAGGGCAUUUAUAACCCUCUAGUUGAUGUUUAACUACUUAUUAACACACGCUUUAUAUACACAGUAAUACAUGACAAAUACAUAAUUUACUGGUAAGUCAUAAAUCUGUAUGAAGUCAUCUGUAUUUUAUGAAUUCAUGAUGAUAUAAAUACAGACCAUUUGAUAUUUUGAAUGAUUUAUAUCAAAUAUAAUGAUCUAUAUCCAUGAUUUUGACUUGCCAUGAAACUGCAGUUAAAACAGUUAGCCAACAGAUGACAGUAUCCUCUCUAAAGCUGAUGAACGUGUGCUGUGUCCAUUAUUUUGUCUUUACAGCAUAAAAGGGGAACAACAUCCCAGUACAGUACUAGUUCUGCCUUCCAGCUGUGAGAUGGUCUAUAGGCUACUGCUUAAAUUUAAUUCAACUGUUUAAUGAAAAGCAAGUUUUUCUUUAAAGUUCACUGAGCAAAGGACACAUUUUUGAUGCUAAAAAUCUUGGUUUCUGUUGUCUUACAAAAAAUACUCAAAUAAAAUCAUCUUAUGGAUA